GUUAAAAGAGUUUAUUUCAGAUAGGGACUACUAUUAAGUUUUUAUAUUUUAGUGAAUGAAUAUAAUUCGAAGAAUUAAAGUGUUUCGACAAAAAAAUGCACGAUUUCCAAUACUUGUGUCGAUUCUGUUGAAGGGUGCGAGCAGUGACGGGGCCGGAGUCUAUGCAACAGCUGCAACCACAGUUUGAGGAGGCUACGCCAUUCCGUUGUGAAACCUGUGGGAAAUAUUUCUCACGCAAGGACCACUACAAAAAUCAUGUGAUGUGGCACACCGGUGAAACACCCCAUCGCUGCGACUUCUGCCCAAAGACGUUCACUCGGCGUGAACACUUAGUGAAUCACACGAGGCAGCACACGGGCGAGUCACCGCACCAGUGUAACUUCUGCUCCAAGAGUUUCACCCGCAAAGAUCAUAUGGUCUAUCACGAGCGACAGCACACUGGUGAGACUCCGUUCCCUUGCCAGUUCUGUCCGAAGGCCUUCACUCGCAAGGAUCACCUGGUGAACCACGUUCGCCGUCACACUGGUGAGUCACCGCAUAAGUGUAGUUUCUGUAACAAAAGUUUUACGAGGAAAGAACACUUGACUAAUCAUAUCCGUCAACACACAGGCGAGUCGCCGCAUCGAUGCCACUUCUGCACUAAGAGUUUCACGAGGAAAGAACAUCUGACGAACCACAUCCGUAUACACACUGGAGAGUCCCCGCAUAACUGCGAGUUCUGUAACCGGACGUUCACGAGGAAAGAGCAUCUCAAGAGACACGUUAGACAGCAUGCGAGCGGCGAAGAGUUCAACUGUAUUAUCUGCAGUGCUCCCUUUGCAACCAAGGAAAAUCUUGUGGAACAUAUGUUGACACAUCCGAGAGAUCGACCGUACAUCUGUGGUGAGUGCGGCAAGUCAUUCCCUCUGAAGGGUAAUCUACUUUUCCAUCAGCGAUCCCACCAGAAAGGCCUCCCUCACGAGCGCCCCUUCCAAUGUGACCUGUGUCCGAAGGACUUUAUGUGUAAGGGCCAUCUGGUCUCUCACCGCAGAAGCCACACGAACGCCAAGCAGUACAGUGCUCAACAGUUUGAUAAAGCCUUUGACAAUAAGAACAGCAGUUUUAUGUUGAAGCAGAUCAUAAAAGGAGAGACCUCGGAUAUGACUGCACAUGUCAUCCAAACACCCAACUCUCAGGAGCAAUAUGACGAAAAAGUAAACCCGUUCAUGUUGAAAGAGAUUAUGAAGAGUGAACUGACUGAGAUGAACCACGUCUCCUUACCUCAUCAGCAGCAGCAGCAGCAGCAGCAGCAGCAGCAGCCUCCGAGGCAGUCUCACAUGGUGAAUGUAGCGACCCAGGCCAGCUUGCCAAUGCUACCUCUCAACAAUUCCAUACUUCAGCAACCUGCGGAAGUCCACCUCCAACAACCCAAUGCUCUGAUGGCAGCUGUGACGUAAACACCGCAACAUAGUAAGGUAAACAUGUGUCUGUGUAUCUAUGUAUAACUUAGUCGGUGUUUUGUCGCUAUGUGUGGUAGCUACCGUGUCUAGACUAGAGUAAUUUAAUGUAUUGCAUAAUAUAUAGCGACAUAUAUCCAACGCACUCUGCAAGGACCACUGUUAUGUAGGUUUACUUAUGAUGACCAUACAUUAGGUCUGUCCAACACUUCACUGUACAGGUGCAGAGAAGAAUGCCUUUAUUAGUGUUUUUGAAGAGUAUAGGAACAUAAGAAUACAGCUUAUGUUAAUCGAAUUAACGUACUAUGAGUAGGCUACAUUUGUUUUCUGAUUUUUCUCAUUACGGUAAUACAGAUGAUUUAAAUAUGCUUAUUAAGUAAAAUAACUUCUUGAUCAGCAUCAGCAGUGUUUUUAAAUUACCUGAAAGUAUAAAACUACGUCAAAUAACACUUGUGAUAAUACAUAUAUUUACACUUAUAUAUUACUGUUUACUCACAAGACGGUAAAUAUAUAAAAAAGAUGGUAAGUGGUGGUUGAUUUCAAUUGGACACUCCAAUCAUCAUCAGACCCAAUAGGCGAGUGUUACUUGACGAAUUUUUGUAUUUCAGGUAUUAAGUAAAAGACAUGAGUAUGAUUUAGUACAAAUAUAUUUUGGUUUAAUUUUUGCGUUUUUCUAUGCCAUUGGCAUUAAAAAAUAUAGUUGUUAGGCUACAGUGGUAACCGUGGUCUUGCUUGUUACUAUCUAGUGCUCACCUUUGAUUAGCUGGCAUAUUUAAUUGAUAAGUAUCAAAGUAUUAUAACAGCUGGCUAGUUUGGUGUGGAUGUAAGUUAUGUAUUUUGUCUUGUCAUAGAAGAAUAAAAGUUAUUUGACCAAGUAUUACUUUUAUAGGCCUACAAAGUUCUAAUUUUUAACUGCUCACAUAAAUUUUAGUUUAUCUUUUAAUAAUAGUUAGUGAAUUGUUUUCAAUCAGAUUAUUAAUGAAGAUUUAACAUGUGAAUGAAGUGUUUUUAUGUUUCGGUUUAAACCCAUUUUUUUAUAUUUUAUAUCCGUUGAAUCUUUAAAGUUUAGUAGUUUCAUUUUGUUUGUACCCAUUAUAAAUUAUAUGAUGUAAACUAUUACAAAAUAGCAUAGCUCAGCAUACAUGAACAUGAGUUUGCAUAUAAGAAAAAACAGCGUAACCUAGAUAUAUUAUGUAAAUACAAAUACAAGAUUUUAAAGAUAACAUUUAUAUUUUAGGAAAUUAUUAAUUACUUACAAGUUUAAUUUAUCACAUCCGUUGAAAAAAUUGAUUUUAAAAUAAAAUAUAAUAACCUGGAAACAGUGUCCCUCCACAUGAGCAAAAACAAAAUCCCGCUUACAUGGCCAAGAAAAUCCCGCUUUAUUCCACUGUAAUGAAGACUCCAGUUCUAUCCGUUCCCGCAUGAAUUUUUGUUCCAACUAGAGUGAUCUUUAUCAUGAGUCUGUCUUCGAAGCUCUUUAAACCUUGAUACAAAGCUGUGCUAUAAUAAUUUAAUCAAUUGGGGUUAGUUUUAAUCUGGAAAACGGUAUAAAAAAAAGAUCAGAGCUGAAAAUCCUGUUUUAUCCUGCAUCCCGUUAUAUACAUCAUACCUUUUUAAUCCCAAGCAUUAUGUAAAAAUCCUGUUUUUGGGAUGACAAUCCCAUAAGUGGAAACCCUCCCUAAAAACUUCUGUCCUAUCUGUCAAUUGAGGGUUUAUUGAAAAACAUAAGAAGGUGGAAGAACAUUUUAUGGUGCAUAGCCUAUUUUGUAUGUGUAGUUCUCCAUACUUUUCCAAUUCUAAAUUACAUGGAAAAAAUGUGGUUCGGAUUCCACUAUAAACUAUAGGUCCCUUAGUUGCCAUUUACUGUAUGGGCUAUUAAUUAACAGUCCUGUCUAAGGAACAUGUCGGCCUUAGUAACAAGACUACAAGAUCCUCAUCCUACACUCAUCUCCAUUCAUACUUGGCUUAAAAUACCUAUCUUUGUAUGGUCAGCAUUUCAAUUAAAACAUUAAAAGAAAGAAAAGAAUCCUAAUUAUAAAGUCAAAAGUGGUUGUAUAGUUUUAGUUUCAGAAAGAUCUCCAAUUAUUAACAUUGAUAAGUAGUCUAAUACUAGUGCAAUGCACUUUCUAACAUAAACAACUUCAUUGUGCUAAGUUUAGCAGACAUUUUGGAAAUUUUCAAUGCCUGAAGAAAACCGGUUUAGUUUUUUAGUCUUUUGACUGUGAUAAAGUGAUUUUGAUCAAUGAUUUAUGCUUGGAUGAGCCCAAGCACUGUUUGCUCUGCAAGAGUUUCUGAUUUAACAAGGAAACAAACUUUGAAAUUAAGGUAAUAUUGUGAUGUUUUAUCGUGUCCUUUUUUAUGUGUUUUGAUUUGUUUUAGUUUUAUAAUUUCUUUUGGUUUGGUUUACAAAUGAUAGUACAAGUCAAUGUUUUUUAAUCAUACAGGAAUAGUAAUUUGUCAUUACAUGCCAUGGUACCCUAUAUUUUUUUAUUUAUGGUUUAGAAUAUAAUAUGUUCAAUGUAUAUACAAAUGAUGUACAAAUGUGUGUACCGUAUGUAGAAAUUUAAUUGCGUAUAGGUAGACAGUAGUGCUUAAAUUAAUUACUUGAUCAACAUAGCUUUAUGUCACUUUUAAUUGUAAACAUAGAUUGUUGUCAAGUCAUAAAAAAAAGCUUUGUUAAUAUACUAUUGAAACAAUAUACUCCAUACUUGGACACCGGUUGGGUAUCGUAAUGAAAUUGUAUUCCAAAAUUGUUCGUGACUAUAUUAGUUUUGUUUAAAUUCUGUUGGUUUUUAAAAGCUUAAGAAAUGUUUUAAUUGGAUGGACAAUACAACAUAGUAUAUCUAACAUUGGGAUACCCCAUGCUUGAGAAAGUUGAUUAAUGUAUAUUUAUCCAUCUGUUUAAACUUUUUUUCUGGGGGUUGACUGGAAGACUCAUUUUUAGUUAACUGAUUAUCACUGCUUCUAAAUUAAUCACAGCUCUAUAUAGUCCUAAAGUUGUUUAUUUAUACUUGUGUUCAAAACAACAGUCUAUUCUACACAAAUAUGCUUCUAAUUUAAUUUGUAUACUUAUGGUAUUGUUGUAAUUCGAAAGAGAUAUUGUAUUCGUUCAUUUGAUGUGUUCUGGUGAUCUUAGUGAUAGUUUCCCGCGAUAGCCGUAACACUCGUUGCCAUUUCUUGCUGUCUCUGUGAAACCGUGAUCAUCUCCCAAGUUCAAGGCAAUACUCGUAACUUUAUAUUGCGGCCUCUGCGAUACCGCGAUCAUCUCCCGUGAUCGUGGCAACACUAGUGACCAUAUUUAAUAUGGUCACAUGCGACUACCGUGUUUAAAUAUGAGUAUAGUAGGACCUCAUACCUCAAACCUUAAUAUCUGGAAUUUUUCAUAAUCCUCUCAAAACCGCAGUAAAUCAAAAUGUUAAAAAUACCACUCUAAGUCGAAUAUUUUAAAUAUUUAAACUUGAUAAGUCAAAUCUUGAUGUUAUACAAACGGAAAAAACCAAUUCUAUUUGACAAUUAUGGAGGAUAAAUUAAUCACGUUGAUCGUUUGUUUUGCAUGUCUUUAAAGCUUUGAAAAUAUAUUUGUUUUUCCUUUGGUUCUAACCAAAACAACAAUUUUUGAACACAGCAAAUUCAAGCACUUGCUGGGGGCCCAUAUGUUACUUAUACUGAAUAAUUCAAGUAUAAACUUUCUUUCUCUGAUAUUGUUUUAGUAAUCUGCAGGUUUACAGUGUUGAAGAUGUUUUGUAAAAAUAUUUUAGCUUUUUUUUUAUUAAAACUCCAUGUUCUAGUAUAUUACGUUACUAGUCCUGGAAAAUAAGUGUUUACGAGACGAGUGUGGUUGUUCCCGUGCAAGACAAAGUCGAGUACGGGAUUACCAUACGAUUCUGGUAAACACAUUUUGGACGAGUGAUGUACGAUAGUUUACGCCAUACUAAUAAAUCUGUACAAAUCCGUAGCCUAUAUAUUACCACCAAAUAAAGGACUAACAAUCACUAGUCUUAACCUCUAAGAGAGGUUAUGUUUUUGUUUAUAUCCACUCAUCUCCAAAUACAGUAUAUCAGCUGGUUGGUGUCCGGUAAACUCCAUUUGGUUAAGCUGGCGGCAAACAGCUGUUUCCAGAACUAAAUCCUUGUGUGGAAAGUUCGUCAAAACAGUCUAGUGUGGCGUAAAAAGCUUUAUUUACCAGCAGCCACUCUUAGAUUUCUGGUGAUAUUUUAUGCUUCAAUACUUCAAUCUGGUAUUUUUACACCUUUGUAACAACUUUUAAUCGAUCACCUCUUAUUGUUAUAGUGUAUGUAAAGUCAGCUGAUGUGAGGUCAUUUGUUCAAUGUGCUUGGAUAAAAAUGUGCUCUCUGCUGGAUAUUUGUAACGUAAAACUCACUAGCCUUACCAAAUGUAGUUAGUUAUCACAAAGAAUAUAACUUAUUAAAUAUCGAAUGAAAGAUGGUCUUGUACGCACCAAUGCAUCCUCACGUUAUGCAGCUCUAUGGACAUUAUGAUCUCACAUGUUGACAUUAUAGGUACUACCUCUUUGUUGUCUUUGUUUGUAUAUAAUAAUUCCUCAUAAAUCACAUUAGUCAUAAUGAAAUUUUGAAUACUCAGGUUUUGGACUGAAGACAGUAUACAUUAUUUAUUAAAAGGUUUUUAUUUUAUAUUUAGUUAGUAUUUUUACUAGUUAGUUUAUUUAGACAACUGAUUUUCGUGCUAUACUUAUGUUCCGAUCACUUUUUUUUUUUAGUUUUAUCUACAACCGGUUUUGACCAGUAUUUUUGUGAUUAGUUUUAAGUGAAUUUUUGUAAAUAUUGUACCUUUAGUUAAUUUAAAUUUGUCAUCAAUAAAUUAUA